CACGAACCAUGAGAUCAUGACCUGAGCCAAAACCAAGAGUUGGGCACUUAACCGUCUGAGCCACCCAAGCGCCCCAGAAAAGGCCUUUUGGAUACAUUUCUGAUAUCAUUUAAUUUAAUGCAGAUGAGGCAACUUGAUUUUCUGAAAAUUUUCUCUGUAAAUAAUCUGUUAUUUCACAUGUGCUUUGGAUUUAUGUGUUUUUGAUUAUCUUUAAAAUUCAAGAAUAUCCCCAGAUUUGAUCAUUGAUUGGGUUCCUUCCUCUGUGUGUGUGUGUGCGUGUGCGUGUGUGUGCGUAGGUUUGUGGGGAAGGCUGAUGGUACAGGCCUAGUAGUGGUGUGAGUGGUGGGAAGUGUGCUUGGGUACCUGGUGCCAGUGCAGGUGCAUCUGGGAUUGGGACUCUUGGGAUGAUUGAUGAAGAUGCCUGGUGGGUGGUGAUGAAAGUGUGGAGGCCAGCAAUGGGGGCAUGUGAUAUUGUGAUAUAAUAAGAAAUAAGUAUUUUAGUCUUAGUCCGUGGUUCCCAGCACAUAGCUCCUAAAACCUUUGUCAUUUCCUAAAUGAUAAGAGCCACAGGGCACCUUUUGUUCCUGACUCCAGAAAUUGCUCCAGAGAGAUGAAGGUGAAAUGGAUGUUGUCAUCAUUCAUAAUAAAUUCUUUUGAAUCACACCUGAGUUUACGUUAAUGAAGUAAUUUUUCAAAAGUCUCUCCAUAACCACUCGAGAAGGGCUGGUUGCCAGGGGAGCGAACCAUGUGAUUAGAGUGUUGGAACUUGAAACCCAUGCCCCGAAUGGAGGUUGAGUCAGUCACCAAUGGCGGGUUAUUUAAUUAAUCAUCUGUACAUAAUGAAGCGUCCAUAAACCCCCAAAAGGAUGGAGUUUGGAGAGCUUCUGGAUUGAACACACAGAGAUGCUGGGAGAGUGCGGCACCCCUUCCCAUAUACCUCGCUCUAUGCGUCUCAUCCAUCUGGUUGUUCCUGAGAUCUCUGCCUCUUUCCCAGAAGAGCCAGAAAUGACCAAGUCCCUGGGGUCAGUGUCAUUCAAGGAUGUAAUGGUAGACUUCAGCAGGGAGGAGUGGCAACGAUUGGACCUUGCUCAGAAAAGCCUGUACAGGGAUGUGAUGCUGGAGAACUAUUUCAACUUGAUCUCAGUGGGGUGUCAAGUUCCCAAACCAGAAGUCAUUUUCAACUUGGAACAAGAAGAGCCAUGUGUGCUGGAUGGUGACAUUUCAAGUCACAAUUGUCUCAAUGGGGAUAUUGGUUUUGAAACUUUACAGCAGGGAACGUCUGAAGAAGUUUCAAUACGGUUUGAGAGAAUUAAUCUCUUUACAAGAGAUGACCCAUAUUAUUCCAUUUUAGAAGAAUUGUGGCAAGAUGACAAACAGACGGAGAGAUGUGAGGAAUACCAGAACAAAAGUGUAAGUCAUGUCGCCUUUGUUGACAAGGAAACAGUAGCUAAUGAGAGAGACUGUGAAUAUAAGGACACUGGGAAAACUGAUCAUGUAAACACAUACCUUGUUCCUGCAAGAAAAAGACUCCAGAACUAUGACUCAUUUGGAAGGAGUUUGAAGCCUAUUGUAAGCUUAUGUAAUUAUAGAAACAAUGCAAUAGAAAAUCUUGAUAAGAUUAUUGGAUAUGGUAAUAUUUUCACUCCUAUGAAUUCUCAUACAGAAAUGAAUGGUUGUGAAUAUAAUCAGUGUAAGAAGCUUCUGAGUCAUAAGCAAGCUCUCAUUCAACAUCACAAAAUUCAUACUGGGAAGAAUCUCAAUUUAUUUUCUGAUUCUGUAAAAAUUUUCACCCAGGGGUCACACCUCUUUGCACAUCAAAGUAUCUAUACUGAGGAGAAACAGCAUGAAUGCAGCAAAUAUGAGACGGUCCUCACUCAGAAGCCCCGACUUGCUCUACCUCAGAAGGCUUCUACAGGAGAAAAACCCUAUAGAUGCACUGAAUACGAGGAGGACUUUUGCCUCAAGUCAAGUCAUGAGGACACUCACACUGAGGAGAAUCACUGUAGAUGCAGUGAGUAUGGAAAAGCCUUUGUCCAGAAGUCAGAUCUGUUCAGAUGCCAGGGAAUUCAUAUUGGAGAAAAACCCCAUGAAUACAGUGAAUGUGGGAAAAAUGUUUCUCAGAAUUCAAACCUCAAUCUACAUAAAAAAAAUUAUACUGGAGAGAAACACUUUGAAUGUACUGAAUGUGGAAAAGCCUUCACAAGGAAAUCAACACUAAGUAUGCAUCAGAAAAUCCAUACGGGAGAAAAGCCCUAUGUAUGUGCUGAAUGUGGGAAAGCCUUCAUACGGAAGUCACACUUUAUUACACAUGAGAGAAUUCAUACUGGAGAGAAACCUUACGAAUGCAGUGACUGUGGAAGAUCCUUUAUAAAGAAGUCACAACUCCAUGUGCAUCAGAGAAUUCACACAGGAGAGAAUCCCUUUAUAUGUACAGAAUGUGGGAAAGUCUUCACUCACAAGACAAAUCUCAUUAUACACCAGAAAAUUCAUACUGGAGAGAGACCUUAUAUAUGUACUGAAUGUGCGAAGGCCUUCACUGACAGGUCAAAUCUCAUCAAACACCAAAAAAUUCAUACUGGAGAGAAACCCUAUAAAUGCAGUGAUUGCGGAAAAUCAUUCACUUGGAAGUCACGGCUCAGGAUACAUCAGAAAUGCCACACUGGAGAGAGACAUUAUGAAUGCACUGAGUGUGGGAAAGCCUUCAUCCAGAAGUCAACACUAAGUAUGCAUCAGAGAAUUCACAGAGGAGAAAAACCGUAUGUUUGCACUGAAUGUGGAAAGGCCUUCUUCCACAAGUCACAUUUUAUUACACAUGAGAGAAUUCACACUGGAGAAAAGCCUUAUGAGUGCAGUGACUGUGGGAAAUCCUUUACUAAGAAGUCACAACUCCAUGUGCAUCAGCAAAUUCACACAGGAGAGAAACCCUACAGAUGUGCUGAGUGUGGAAAGGCCUUCACUGACAGGUCGAAUCUGUUUACGCACCAGAAAAUUCAUACUGGGGAGAAACCCUAUAAAUGUAGUGACUGUGGAAAAGCCUUCACUCGGAAGUCAGGCCUCCAUAUACAUCAGCAAUCUCAUACUGGAGAGAGACACUAUGAGUGCAGCGAAUGUGGGAAAGCUUUUGCGAGAAAAUCAACACUAAUUAUGCAUCAGAGGAUUCAUACAGGAGAGAAACCCUAUAUUUGUACUGAAUGUGGGAAGUCCUUCAUCCAGAAAUCACACUUAAAUCGGCAUCGGAGAAUUCAUACUGGAGAGAAACCCUAUGGAUGCAGUGACUGUGGGAAGGCCUUCAUUAAGAAGUCACAACUCCAUGAGCAUCAUCGAAUUCACACAGGAGAGAAACCAUUUAUAUGUGCUGAGUGUGGAAAAGCCUUCACUAUCAGAUCAAAUCUUAUUAAACACCAGAAAAUUCAUACUAAACAAAAGACCUAUAAAGGCAGUGACUUUAAGAAAGCCUUAAACUGGAGGCCACAGCUCAGGAUACAUCAGAAAUCUGACACUGGGGAAGUAGCAUGUCCAGUGCCACAAUCAUGGUGUGGGGAUACCAAGGAAUGAGAGGCUACCAUGUGGCUAAGAAGCAGGAGGUAACCAAAGCCACCUUACCUCUGGUCAGAAGUAGGAAUGUCUGGAUUACAGAGCUGACGUCCAGCUACACGUUUGCGGGAGAUACUUGGGAGGAAGAGCUUAAGCGAUGUGUGAUGGCCACACUUAGUUACCGGACAGGUACUGGAAUUGUCAAGCCCCUGGAAAUAAUAGCAAAUCUGCAAGGAGAGGACUUAGUCUUUCUUGUUUCAUGUUGUGGAGAAGCAGCUUCAUAAGUUCAGGGCUGUUGAGCUUCUCACGCCCUGGGUAGCAAAAAUAUUCGAUAUUGACUAAAUGAAGUUCUUAAUGAGCAGAGAGCUAAAAAAAUUUUUUCAUCGUCCAAGGACGCUGAAAUCAAGGCAAAAGUAUAGACAGUUCGGGUCUAUAAUGAAGAGAAGCCAGAGGUUUUUUGUGAAAAUUGACAUUAAAGACACAAAGAAAGGACUUUUUUCCCCCCCUUUUGGAAGAAGCCACUCUUAUUUAUUAUUUAUAGUAUCUAUUAGUGUGUGGAAAUUUGGAUAAACACUUUUUUUGUUUGACUUUGAGAUUGGUAAUCAGAACCACAGGCCUACUUGAAUAUUCAUAGGCCUCUUUAGUUAUUAACCAAUAUGUUCCUGUAUUUAUUAAUUCCCUGCCAUGGCCUAGGUAACUCACACCCAAGAGGCAUAAAGUUAUCCCAGCUGUGUCCCCAGAGUGACCAAUGAGGUAGACAGCAGCCCCACAGACUCCUUACUUGUCACCUCAGGACUGGCCCUGAGGCCAUGGGACUCAGGCCACAGAUCCAGAGGUCAGCACUUUGGACUGUCAGCCUCAUCCACAGAAGUCUAUAUUUUUUUAAAAUUUCUGUUUGGAAAAGAGACAAAUUAAGAAAAUGGGUUUCAAAACCUAGAAUUCUUUCCUUCCAUGGAAGUUUUGUUGGUACAUUCUCUGCAUGUCCCUUACGUGCCAGGUGACUAUGGGACACUACUGUUCACAUUUGAGUUUGUUUUCUAAGAAGACAGGGUUGCACUUUCGGAAGAGUAAUCCUCUGUCCCCUCCCAGUGUCUACAAAUUAAUCCGAUUGUGUUUGCAGACCCUCUGUAUUCUUACAGACUUUUUUAAAUCUUUUUUUUUCUAACAGAUUCUAACAGCAGUGUUUCAUCUUCCAGAAUAUUUGUGAAUUUGUCUCUCCUGUAGAUCAACCCAUUUUUUUCUUAUAUUUUGAGUCUUUGUUUUUACAUACAUUCAGAUUUAGAGUUGUUCUACUCUUUCUGGUUAAUUGAAACUUAAUUAUUAUGAAAUGUCUGUUUUUAUUGCUACUGAUGUUCUUUUUUGCCUUAAAAUUUACUGCAUCAGAUGUUAAUACUGUAUGCAUACUUCACUCAUUGAAGGCUAAAAUAAAUGAGUCCCUUCUCCACUUUCCAGAUGAGGUGAGGAGCUAGAACAUUAGGUCCUUUAUUUCCCUCUUGGUUUACAUGGUAUUAAUGUCAUGCAUUUGGAUUUUGUGUGUAGUUGAUGUGGUCAGUCAUUUGAGUCCAUGUUCAUUUAUAUUAAUCCAUAUAUGUUUUCCUUUUUUUUUUUUUUUUGAAAAUAAGCUUUCAGUGUAAGUACCUUUGAAGAUAAUGUGCUUUUUUUCCCUUUUCUCUCCCUCCUUCAAAAUUUGUCUUAUCUUCGGCUGCCAGCAGUUCACAGUGGCAUGCCUAGGUGUGAUUUUCUGUGUGCUUGUUUGGGGUUUGCUGUGUUGUUUUUUUUUUUAAAUCUGUAGCUUGGUGGUUUUUUUCUUUACCUUUUGGGAAAUUUCGUGCUAUUAUCUAUACAAAGUAUGCUUCUGCUUCAUGUCUUCCUCUGCUUUGUCUAGAGAUUGCCCCAUUAUUUAGACCCUCUGUAAACCUUUUUCCAUUUGUUGUUUCAGAUUUUGGUAAUGCUUGUUUUCCCCUAUACCUGGUAAUUUUAAAUCAGCUACCAGGCACUAUAUAUUAGGCACUGCAGAGACACUGAGGUGGUCUGGAUGGUGUCAUCUUCCAGAGAAGAUUUGCCUUUGACUCUAACAGGUAGGACUAGGCAAGAGCGUAAGCACCCCUGCCUGUCUUCGUCCAGUCUUGUACUGAGAGUGUGAGACUGGCCUCCAGUCCCAGGGAAGGCUUGUCUGGUGUUUUUCACCCUAGAGAUGUAGGACUUGGGGAGAUUUUCUAGGUGCCUCAUUCUGUGAAGGAACUUAAUUUUAGUAUUUGUCCCAUUAGGUCCAUAAAUUUGUUAAAAACUGUCUUAACCUCUCUUCUUCGGUAUUUGCUUUAAAAAUUAGCAAACGCCCCCUUUU